GCAGCCCUCCUCUCCUUCAAGUUUGCAGCUCACGAGGAGCAACAGGGAUUCGCCUAUUUUAGGUUGACAGAGUAUAUUUUCAUACGGGAGCUACAAAGAAGAAGCAGAAGAAGAAGAAGAAGAAGAAGUCUAAGAGGCACAGAGGGAAUUAAUAGACUUGGAUUUGUGCGCUCGCAUCAUCAUAAUCAUCAUCACCAUCAUCAUCAUCAUCAUCACCACCUCCCUGAGAUGGAUAUAAAGAGGACAGAUAAGAGCAUGGAAGUGUACAGUAAAGGCUUGAAAGGUCGACGGGAGAAAUUCAUAUUCCUCAUCUUUUACCUCCAGCUGUGGUCCAGGCCGAUGGCUGAAGCGAUUCAUCCGGACUGCGCCAUCGUCUCUCAGCACCUGAGGGCUCGGGAGAUUUGUAGCCAGACGAGGAGGAGCGAGGCGCGGAACCAGAGCGACCACAGUGAAUGUAAAACAGAGUGGGACGAAAUCGGAUGCUGGCACAGAGCUGAAGUCGGACAAGUGGUCAACGUGUCCUGCUCUGAAGUCUUCCAACAUUUCUCCAGCAAUCAAGGGUAUGUUUACAGGAACUGCACUGUUAAGGGAUGGUCUGAAACGUACCCCCCCUACGAGGUGGCCUGUGCGUUCAGCGAUGACAUCGACCCUGAUCCGACGAGUUACCUCUAUACCUUCAGACAAGUUUACACCGUUGGCUAUGCUACCUCACUCAUCUCCCUCAUUACAGCCAUCAUGGUGUUCGCAGGCUUCAGAAAGUUCCGCUGCACCAGAAACUACAUCCACAUCAACCUGUUCUCGUCCUUCGUCCUGAGAGCCAGCGCUGUUUUCAUUAAAGACGCGGUGCUGUUUGCCGACGAGACCUUGGAUCAUUGCUCCAUGUCAACGAUAACGUGCAAGUCGGCCGUGGCGUUCUUCCAGUUCAGCAUCUUGGCCAAUUACUUCUGGUUGCUGGUGGAGGGCAUGUAUCUGCAGACCCUGUUGGCCCUUACCUUUGUCUCCCAGAGGAAAUAUUUCUGGUGGUACAUACUGAUCGGUUGGGGACUCCCGUCAACAGUCCUCAUACUCUGGGUUUUGACCAGAUUCUUCUUUGAUGACAGAGGGUGCUGGGAUGACACAGACAAUGUUGGUAUUUGGUGGAUUAUAAAAGGGCCCAUAACAGCCUCACUGCUGAUCAACAUAGUGAUAUUUAUUAAUGUCAUCCGGAUCCUGGUUCAAAAGCUUAAAUCUUCAACCAUGGCUGGGAACAAUGACACUGGACAUUUCAUGAGGUUGGCUAAAUCCACCCUGUUCCUCAUCCCUCUGUUUGGGAUGCAUUACACUGUAUUUGCCUUCCUGCCUGAGAACACUGGAGUAGCAGCUCGACUCUACAUUGAGCUGGGACUGGGCUCCUUUCAGGGGUUUGUGGUUGCACUCCUGUACUGUUUCAUGAAUGCAGAGGUCCAAACAGAGCUGCGAAGGUGGCUGUGGAAGUGCCAAAGUCAAAAUCACCUCACGCCCGCCAAGAGAAGCAUCACCCAGAUAACAAUCCGGACCCGCGGGGGGCUGCCUCCUUCCAGCGGUAACAUCUCCUCGGUAUGAUUUCAGAGACUAUCUACAAGGGAAGAAAAUGUUCUGCGAUUGUCUAAAAAAAAAAAAAAAAAAAAAAAAAAAACAGCAGAGGCAAUCGCAGGAGCCGAACACACUGAUGACAUUAAUUCAACAACCCCUCAGUGAGAGUCAUAAUGAACGAGUAAACUACUACUGAGGAAGGGUGUCAGGAUGCAUUCUGUCAGUGUCAGCAGCAGCUAUGGAUAUGUCUGAGGACGGUACUGCACACAUUUCUAAUCUGGAUCACAGUUGGCAUUCUCUCGUUUCAUCAACAACGGUGCCUGAAUGGUAAGGACGUCGUGGUCCCACGGUGGAAACUGCAGCAGAGACCGAGCUGGCCCCUGAGAUGGAAGCAGGACGAUUUAAUGCGGCUGUGUUUACGGUUUGGACUACAUAGGUACAAAAAAAUUAGUAAAUGUUGAGAGAUUAUAUAGAGGAACUUGGCUAAAAUAUGUGAAGUUGCUUCGUGCUGGACCCGACACAGGCGGCUACGUCCAGCCCAGGUUGAAAACAUCUGGAGAGAAGUCAGUGUGGACUCUGAAUGUGCUCACUCAUUUCACUGUGCUACACCUCAACAUUUAUUUACUGUUGUUCGUGUGUCUGUUUGAUGAGCCAUGUCAUUAUUUGUGAAUAUUUAUUAGCCUGUUUUCUCAUUUUUUAUUUUUUUUGUGCCAUUUUCAAGAGUAAUAAUUUGCUGGAUACAUUUGUUGCACUUACACAGACACCAAAUUAAUACUGUAACUUAAAUGGAUGGUUAAAAAUGCGUCGUAAUGGUUGCACUGACAGUGGCGGUGACACACGUUAGGACAAUAUGACUUCACCCAUUUGUGACUUAACCACCAGAAAAAGGUGAAAACCCUUAAAAUGCCUUUUUUUUGUGUCAAAAAGAUCAUCUCUUGUGGUCUCUGAGUGUUUCAUUCAUAAUUUUAUUCCUAUUUUGUAACUUUAUUUAAAAGUAUUUAAGAGUUAACCUAUGACACUUUAAGUUUAAAACACGAGGACACUGCUGGCAGCCUAUUUGUUACUGCGUCCAAGGUUAUUUAAAUCAACCUGCCGUUGCUUUAAUCCGUAUGAAAACCCUAAAUAUUAAAAUGCUAUGGUUUUACAGGGAUUAAAUGUGCAACCUCAAAGAUGCUUGCGUAGCACACUAUAAACUCUAGAGACUUAAUACCUGUCUUUUCUUUUCAUAAGUCUCUCAUGACAGCAUAUAAAUGUUUUUUUGUUGUUGUUGUUUUUUUUUAAAUGCUGAGCACUUUUUAAUAUAUUAACCAUCAGAUUAGGACCAAAGUAAAAUGAUAUUGUGAGGGAUCUUUGUGAGGAUUCAUGCCACAAACCAAAUGAUGUAAAUAACAUCAAAAUACUCUGUUUCAGAUACAGUGAUUUACUUGACUGAUACUGAUCUUGUGAACAGUGUCCUAGUUUUCGCCUAGUUUUCUCUUGUGCACAAGUCUCAUGUGCAAAUCCUACGACUAUACAACUUACUGCCUUCGCGACACAGUUUAAAAAUUUCAUUCGACUUUUUAAGUGAGAAUGUCGUCUGUAGCGGCGGCCUCAUGUUGUGGUGCCCAUACGAUAAUUGUGUUUAGCUCAACACUCAGAGGUUCAGUGCAGUUGCUGCUAGGACAUUGUGUGUUUUCAUUCGUUUUUAAUUAUAUAAACCAAGAAUAAUUCACUGCACUGUGUCUUUACGCGCUCUGUCGUCGUCGGUACGCAAUAUGAUGUUGAACUUUAUAUGUACUGUAUUUUUAAUUUUUGUUCUUGUAGAACUGAGUGUUGUACUACUCUAUGUACAGAAAAGCAGAGUAAUAAGUAAAAUAUUUGAUGGUUUGAGAA